AUGCCAAUAAAACCCGUAAAAGACUUCCCAAAUGGCACCGCUGUAGUACCUACUGUGCUUGAAAUAAGUUUAGAAAUCAUCAAUAAAAACCUUUCACAUUUGGUUACUAAAAUAUACAAAAAUACUAAAGAUGUGAAAAGUGAUGUUGAAUCUGAUCUUGAACGAAAUUCAAACAUCGAUUAUUGUACUCCUGGCAGUAGUGGAACUGAUAGUAGUUUUGAGCAGAUUAUAAAUAAAUCGGCUUCCAUUUCUUCAAAUUUUGAAAAAAUCUAUAAAAUUUCAAGCAACAAUAAUAAGAUACAGAAGGUGGAAAUAAAUGGAAUGAAUAGCGUGGAAUUUAAAGAAAUGCAAACAUCAAUGAAGUAUAAUGGUAUCCAUGUAAGUCUGUCUGUCAAUCUGUCAUAUCUUCGGUACCAAAAGGCUACUGUAAUACAGUAUUAUGCAAUUCCAAUUCUUAUAAGUGGAAGGGAUAUAAUAGCCAGAACACCAACCAGUUCAGGGAAAACUAUAGCUUUUGUUGUACCAAUAAUCAACUGUAUACUUGGAUAUUUAUCUGAAAUAAAUGGCAUCGGUCAUCGUUCCGAUUAUUCCGGCCCACUUGCAAUAAUCGUUGUACCCACGAUACAACGUGUCAAAAAUGUUUAUAAUGUUGUAAGUCGUUUAAUUGCAAACUCUGCAAUAAAAUGCGAACCAUUGAUUAAAAUAGAUUCAGUAUCCGACCAAAAAAGUAAAAUUCAGAACGGUGCUCAUAUUCUUAUUUCCGAUCCAGAAUGUUUAGCUGGUAUCGUGAUCCGAGGUUGGAUAACUUUUGCUGAAUUACGAAUAAUUGUACUCGACGAUGUAGAUUCGCUGUUAAAAGUCGGCUAUAAACCUGAAAUCGAAUUUAUUUUAAACAAUAAAAGUAUGGUGUCGACGGACAAAAGAACAACAGUUUUGUUUUCUACCACUAUGUCCGAGGAUGUUCAACAAAUUGCAAUGACUUAUUUGAAAUCAAAUUAUGUAUCAAUAGAUAUUGAAGAGAUGGCAGAUCUCGAAGAAGCAUAUACCACGCAAGAAACAAAUCAUUGA